UUCUCGCAACAUUUCACAUUCGAAGAGGUUUUCUCGUAGACGCUCCUCCUCAAAUUUGAAAAACCCUCGGCGUCGGUCUAGUGAACCUUUCACCAUUUCGAAAUUCUCAGGCGGAAUUUUUUCAAAAAUUUAAUGGCCCUAGAUCCCGAGACGGAACCUGAGGUUGACCUCGAUGAAGGAGAUCUGGAGAAAUUGGAGUCAGAUGUGAGGCAGAUGGCCAAGAAGAUCUCCGACUACAGGCAAACCCUACCGGAUCAUCUCAGGAACACUCUUGAUUCUGCGAUUUCGUCUCAUAGACCCGUUUUACGCAACAUCGGUUCCGGGUCGGGUCCUCUGCCCCCGUCACGCCUCACUAUCGCAGAAACAGAGGUAGCUAAAGUUGUGAUGGGAAGUCAAGAGCAAGACUCUGCAGAGAAAAUGGUUGAGCUCAAGGAAAGAAUGUCGAGGAAUGCUGCGAAUAUACCAAAAGUUGUGAAGCGAGUGCGAGAGUGUAUAGAGGGUAUCCAUAAAAUCGAUUCCUUUGACGGAACCAUUCACCCUGCUUUCACUAGGCGGAGACUCAACUGACCCGUAUCUAUUUUUCUUCAUUGUGGGAAUGUUUAGGCUCUCUCCAUAGUAGUUUCCUCUUAAGCGAUAUAUGUCCUGAUUUGUUAAUAUGUGAUUCUAGAUUGAUUCGGCAUGUACAUUCUUGACUCUUAACCGAUUCAUUCUCUGGGUUA